AUGCCUACCCUUGGGGCUACCUACUUCAUAUGGCAAUCGACUGACGUGCAUUUAUACCGCAAUCAGUUUUUGCCCAAGGACAUCCGGAUCGUGGGUUAUGCUAGAACCAAGAUGGACCACGACGAGUACAUCCGCCGCAUCAAGUCGUAUAUCAAGACCCCUACGAAGGAAAGCGAGCAGCAGCUCGAGGAGUUCUGCUCCAUCUGCACAUACGUCUCCGGCCAGUAUGAUCGCGACGACUCCUUUUUGCAGCUCAACAAACAUUUGGAGGAACUCGAGCAAGGAAGGAAAGAGAACAACAGACUCUUUUACAUGGCUCUGCCCCCCAGUGUUUUCACCAUUGUUUCACAACACCUCAAGAAGUGCUGCUACCCCUCCAAGGGCGUCGCCCGUGUUAUUGUCGAGAAACCGUUUGGCAAGGACUUGGCGAGCUCUCGGGAAUUGCAGAAGUCGCUUGAGCCCGACUGGAGGGAAGAGGAAAUUUUCCGCAUCGAUCACUAUCUCGGAAAGGAGAUGGUGAAGAACAUUCUCAUCCUGCGCUUCGGCAACUCCUUCCUCGGCGCUACCUGGAACAGGCAUCACAUCGACAACGUUCAGAUCACAUUCAAGGAACCAUUUGGUACCGAGGGUCGUGGCGGUUAUUUCGACGAGUUCGGCAUUAUACGCGAUGUCAUGCAGAACCAUUUGUUGCAGGUUCUUACGCUGCUUGCCAUGGAGCGCCCCAUCUCUUUCUCCGCUGAGGAUAUCCGUGAUGAGAAGGUGCGGGUCCUCCGCGCCAUUCCGGCAAUCGAGCCCAAGAACGUCAUCAUUGGCCAGUACGGAAAGUCGCUUGACGGAAGCAAGCCUGCUUACAAAGAAGACGAUACCGUCCCCAAGGAUUCCCGCUGCCCCACUUUCUGUGCGCUAGUUGCGUACAUUAAGAACGAGCGUUGGGACGGCGUACCCUUCAUCAUGAAGGCAGGCAAGGCCUUGAACGAGCAGAAGACCGAGAUCCGCGUGCAGUUCAAGGAUGUCACAUCGGGCAUUUUCAAGGACAUUCCUCGCAACGAGCUUGUCAUGCGCAUUCAGCCCAACGAAAGUGUCUACAUCAAGAUGAACUCCAAGCUUCCUGGCCUGAGCAUGCAGACCGUCGUCACUGAGCUCGACCUUACCUACAGGAGACGCUUCUCCGACCUCAAGAUUCCUGAGGCCUACGAGUCUCUCAUCCUUGACUGCUUGAAGGGCGAUCAUUCCAACUUUGUCCGUGACGAUGAGCUCGAUGCCAGCUGGAGAAUCUUUACCCCUCUGCUCCACUAUCUCGAUGAUAAUAAGGAAAUCAUCCCGAUGGAGUAUCCUUACGGUUCUCGGGGUCCGGCUGUUCUGGAUGACUUUACGGCCUCGUACGGCUACAAGUUUAGCGAUGCUGCGGGCUACCAGUGGCCCACAACCUCCGCUAUGGGUUCGGGCAUGAAGCUGUAA